AUGCAACUGAGUGAAAAGAAAAAUGGCCAGCAGGGCACAAUUGAUCCAGAAUUAGACGAUGAAGAAGAGGAAGAAGAAGAAAUAUAUCAAGACUGGUCACAAGUCGCAUCGCUGGUGAAUAAAAAUGCUGCACUUUCACUCCCAAGGAGGGGCGAAARGGACUACGAACCAGAUGGUACUGACCUACAAGAAGUGCUUUUAUAUAGGGCAAGGAAGGCAAUGUUUGAUACCAUAUCUGACUCGAUAAGAGGCACCACUGUAAAAUCCCAAGUUAAAGGGUAUUACGUACCACACAGGCACCAAGCAGUUCUGCCCAAACCCAAAGGUAGUUUCAUGCAAACAAUGGGAAGGGCUGAUAAUUCAGGCGAAUUGUGGCUUGAGUUUCACGAAUUUGUUUAUUUGGCAGAGAGGGGUACCAUCCUUCCUUACUAUAAGUUGCAGAGUGGCUCUAAACAUGAAAGUUCUGAUUACGACGUCGAAAUAAUGCUUAGUAUGGAAGACUUAUAUUCGCUAUUUUCAACACAGCACGAGAUGGACGAAUAUUUCGUUUUUGCUCAUCUAAAAAGACUCGGUUUUAUACCAAAACAGUGCCGUCAAGAUAUGGGCGUCACAACUUCCUAUUAUCCACCAUCGACACGACAAAACAAUUUACAUAUAAUAAGUUCGAGAUUCUUUUCACUGUUUAAAAUACAGAAAAUAUCGCUCUUCAGCGGGUUCUUUUAUCGUAAAUGGAAUUUUUUUUUCCUGAAGUAUAGAACAUCGCCACAACUAUAUCAAGGACUAAAUAGACUUAUCCGUUCCGUGACUGUGCCAAAAACUAGAGAUGAGUUGUGGUACUCAAGAUUCAGAAGACAACAAGAAAGAGGGAAAAUAGAGGUCCCACUGACUUUCAAUGUAUGGAAACCGUGUGCUAAUUUUAAGAAGAAAAAUCCUGGCCUGCCCGAUUUCCAAAUAAUCGUUUACAAUAAGAAUGAUAAAUCUCAGCAUUUCCCUACUUGUAAAGAGCUACGAUCUAUAUUUGCUUCUCUUGACUAUAAGUUCGAAUUUUUGAAUGAAGUCAAGGACGAUCUCGAUUGGGAUGCAAACUCUUAUGUCGAAGGGAUAUCACGAAGCCAAUAUAACACCAAGACGGCGUCAAAAUCUCGAAAUGAGAAGAAUACCUUGCCUUCAAAAUCUUUAACAAAAUUUGAUUCUCAGAAAGAGACAGCUAAGCCCAAUUCCAAAAAGAAAUCGAAGACAUACCCACCCCAUAUACAGCAAAAACGUAGGCUUAAGGCGGGGUACCGGAGUUUCAUUCUUGCGAUUAUGGAUAACGGUUUGAUCAGUUUUGUCAAAAUGUCCGAAGCUGAUUUUGGAUCUGAAAAUGUAUGGUAUACACCUAGCUCUCAAAGUAAACCAGAACGAAAAGUAAAUGGUGGAAAGGCGAUCAAAAAAGCAACUUUGAACAAAACGUAG